UGGACUUCAAUAUCAGGGAUCAAAUAAUGGGAACCAAGCUCACAAGGAUUCCUCUACAAACCAUAUGUAGAUGGAGGUUUGCCACAAGAGCAACCCACACAAGAAAUCUUGCUCAGCCUACAGAUUUGGCAGCUGUGCUACACGAAAAGCUCAAUGCUCAGCUUCCAACACAGAUCAGCAACGGUGCUACCAUCUACAGAGUUCCAGCCCAUUUACGAUUAGUCGAACCCAAAGCUUAUGAACCCAAUAUUGUUUCAAUCGGUCCUUACCAUCACGGAGCAGCUCAUUUGCAAGCCAUGGAGAUCACAAAAUGGAACUUCUUUCAUGACCUCUUUAAUCCAAGCAAGCCCGAUCGUCCUAAUCUAAAUGCAGUACAUGAGGAACUGAAGCAAAUGGAACAGCAGGCUCGUAGUUUCUACUCUGAAGAUUUGAAGAUGAACAGUGACCAGUUCAUACACAUGAUGCUCUUCGAUAGCUGCUUCAUUAUACAGCUUCUUAGAGAGACCAGGGAGAUCGAUUUCAGUAAGAAGUCAAUGCAGAUACAGAGGUGGAUGUUACCCGUUCUCCAACGUGAUCUCAUCAUGCUUGAAAAUCAGCUCCCUAUGUUCGUUUUAAACAAAGUAUACGACUUAACAAGCAGAUCUAACACUUGUGAAGCUGCAGAAGAUUUAAAUUUGAAAGAGCUUGCACUUCAAUACUUCGAACCAAUGAUAUACAAAGAUUUAGAUACUCCCAAGAAGAGUUCUUUGCAGGUUGAUGGAAGCCACUUUCUAGAACUCUUUCGGGCCAGCAUCUGCCCGACUGAGGUUUCGCAAAAUAAGUUUCUGGUUAAGGAGCCGCACAUGUUUCGUUCAGUAUCAGAAUUAAAAGAGUCUGGUGUCAAAGUCAAAAGGGCGGAAAACUGUCAACCGUUAGAAGUAAGCUUUAAAAAGGGGAUUCUGAAGAUUGCUCCUGUGAGCAUGGAUGACUACAGGUUCACAUUGUUUAGAAACAUGGUGGCCUUUGAGCAAUGCCACUUUGGCUGCAAACCACAUGUAACGGCUUAUGUCUUCUUUCUUGAUAGGCUAAUAAACUCUGGUGAGGACAUAGAAUUGCUUCAUUAUCCAGGUGUUUUGCAGCAUACUCUAGGUGGGAAUAAACACGCAGCAAGACUGGUGAACAAGCUCUGUAAAGAGGUAGCUGGGGCCGCCGAUGACUCAUAUUUACGCGAUGUUCUUUGGGAGAUCAAUUGCUACUGCAACGAUGGGUGGAAUCAAAAGAGAGCGAAACUGAAGCAUGAAUAUUUUUACAAUGUUUGGGUAUCAGUAGCGACUAUAGCUGCAAUUUUAGUUAUUUACCUUACCAUACUUCAAACAGUUUGGGGGCUCGGAGAAGAUGGUAACCGAACUCACAUGCUCCGAACUGGUUUCUGGCAUUCCAUGGCAGAUGCUUUUGCUAUACCAUUUAGGCGUGCCAAUCCCGAUGCAGAAGCUCUUGCUAUACCAUUUGGAGGUGCUAAUCCAAAUGCAGAAGCUGUUGCUAUACCAUUUGGAGGUUUUAAGCCAUCUAAGAAGUCAUCCGUGCCUGUCAAAAAUGAUCUUGAGAUCUUUAAAUGGUUCUUCAGUCAUGAAGAACGUGACGACAUGAAUCCUUUCUUCUUCGUGUUUUGUUAAUAUGCAGGAAGAUCAUUUUUUUCGAUUUCAUUUUCCAUGAUUGUCCGGUUAUUGCAAGGAAAAUAAUGCAUGUGUUAUGUUUCAUGUAUGUUCUUUCUCAGGAAAGUACACCAGCCAGGUGUGAAUGUAAUGCAAGUUGUACAUGAUUUCCAACUAUAUUAAGCUAGGCUUUCGUUUC